AUGGCGACCCCUGUGGAUGCAAAGCUUCUCAAGAGGACCAAGUUCCCUACCGAGUUCAACCAGAAGGUAGACAUGACCAAAGUGAACAUCGAGGUCAUGAAGAAAUGGAUCGCUAAGCGCAUCUCCGACAUUCUGGGCAAUGAAGAUGAUGUUGUCAUUGAGUUGUGCUUCAACCUGCUCGAGGGUUCUCGCUAUCCGGAUAUCAAAGCCCUUCAAAUCCAACUCACAGGGUUCCUCGACAAGGAUACUCCGAAGUUUUGCAAGGAGCUAUGGUCGCUCUGUCUCAGCGGCCAGGAAAAUCCUCAGGGUGUUCCAAAGGAACUUCUAGAGGCCAAGAAGCUGGAGCUCAUGCAGGAAAAGAUUGAGGCCGAAAGAGCUGCCGAAGCUGUUCGGCGCGAGAGAGAACAGGAACGUCUCCGUGAGCGCGAGUUGAAUGACAUGAGACGUCGAGAUCGUGCCGAACGAGGCGAGCACGACUUUACAAUCGACGUCGCUCGCGUUCUCCGGGACCUCAAUACGGCCGACAUCGCUAUCGUGAAUCCCCUCCUCGUCGCGGCUUCCCUAUGGAUCGCUCAGAUCGUACUCCUCCCCGUCGCCGUUCCUUUUCUCGUUCUCCCCCUCGCCGUGACUUUCCUUCUGAUCGCCCAGAUCGCACUCCUCCUCCCCGUCGUCGAUCGUCUUCUCGCUCCCCUCCUCGCUACGACUUCCCUCCGGAUCGCCCAGAUCGCACUCCUCCCCGCGGACGUUCCUCUUCUCGUUCCCCUCCUCGAUUCCGUCGGCCAAGUCGUACCCCUCCUGGUGCUCGUCCCCCUUCUCGUUCUCCUCGGCAGCAUUCCCGCUCUCACAGUCAAUCCUCAGAACGCAAAGAAACAAAGCCCUGUACGGACCCUGGUGAUCGAGACCGAUCCAUCCCCCCUUCUCGCUCACCCCACUUACCUCCUCCCAGAAGAGCCCACAGCAGAUCGCAAUUGA